AUGGAAGCUGCCUUCCAGUUCGCGGCCGAUUUCUGUCGACUUCAUCUUAAUGAAAUUGAGAUUGCUCUCUACUGUGCUGCCAUACUAACAAAGCCAGAUCGAUCAGGAGUGACAGAUGUAGAGAAGGCUAGAUCUGUUAACCAACAAUAUCUGGCUCUACUGCGUUAUCAGGUAGAAAAUCGCUCCGAAGGACCUUUUGUACUGGAGAGUUUGAGUGCACUGUCAACCCGGUUGUCAGCAUUCUCAGACAUGAUGCGAAAAGUCAUGGCCUGGUUCCGGAAGUGGUGGCACACUACGAAGCUCUCCCCUCUGCAUGCUGAAAUCUACGACAUACCACAGAAUCAGAACCACACUCUGGCUCCACUCUACCCUAACUUCCAGGGUUCCGCGUAUAUACCACCCCCAAAUCCUGAGUUGUAUAGCAAUAACACCUCCGCCUAUUACCCGCUUAAAGAAGAACCAUCACAGCCUCCAUAUCAGCAGUAUUCCAGCCAGCCCGACUAUGCCAACAUGUACAGCAAUGGCGCUCAGGGAGCUUAUUACUCUUCUCAAGUUGAACAGUAUUCUGACCAGGCUAUGCACAGUCAACAGAUACAGCAGUUCAUGUACCUCAAUGGUAUGCAACAAGAGCGAUGGCAUGCCAGCGCCUUUGAGCCAUACUCAACCGAUAUGGCCACCAAUGGGAAGGCAUAUUCCCAGGAAGCACAACAAGGCAGUGUAGUUCAUAACACCGAAGUCUCAAGGACCGAUAGGGCAUCCAAUGGCUCCUAUCAAGAAGAAAUGAAUAGAGCUAGAAGCCUAGGCUCAACUGAAUCACCCGGAGCCAUGCAGGGAGAUUCAAUUCAAAGUGUAACUAAGAGCUCAGAGGAACGGAGUGUCGCUCAGCAACAAAUAGGAGACAAUCCAAUAGUUUCAGGGGAUGAUCCAUUUGCUAUCUACCAAAAUGCGCGCAUUCCCGUUGUUCCGGGAUCUAGCAACAACAAUGGCAGUGGACAAAAUCAAUUGUGGAGCAAUCAAGAAGCUGACAAGAAGGAUAUAAAGGAGGAAAUGCCAACGCUAACACCUGCUCCUGAAGUGUUGGCUUCUAUUGAAAAAGCAAAUUGCAAACAAGAACCGGAAUUAAAAACGGAACUUAAAGAAACCGACGAUAUGGGGAAGUCAAAUGUCGAAGUGAAAAGAUCGGAUUCAUCGUAG